CCGGCCGGGCCGAGCGCAGCGCAGCGGGCCGGGGAGAGGCUGGCGCGCCCGCGGCCCGGCGAAUCCUCUGGCAUCCGCUCCCGCGGGCCGCCCCGGCGCGCAAGGUUGAAGCAUGGAGCUGCGUGUGGGAAAUAAAUACCGCCUGGGCCGAAAGAUCGGCAGUGGGUCCUUCGGCGACAUCUACUUGGGUGCCAACAUUGCCUCUGGCGAAGAAGUAGCCAUCAAGCUCGAAUGUGUGAAGACGAAGCACCCGCAGCUGCACAUUGAGAGCAAGUUCUACAAGAUGAUGCAAGGAGGAGUGGGCAUCCCGUCCAUCAAAUGGUGCGGGGCCGAGGGUGACUACAAUGUGAUGGUCAUGGAGCUGCUGGGGCCCAGUCUGGAGGACCUCUUCAACUUCUGUUCCCGAAAGUUCAGCCUCAAGACGGUGCUGUUGCUGGCCGACCAGAUGAUCAGCCGCAUCGAGUACAUCCACUCCAAGAACUUCAUCCACCGGGAUGUGAAACCCGACAACUUCCUCAUGGGCCUGGGGAAGAAAGGCAACCUGGUCUACAUCAUUGACUUUGGCCUGGCCAAGAAAUACCGUGAUGCCCGAACCCACCAGCAUAUCCCCUACCGGGAAAACAAGAAUCUGACUGGCACUGCCCGUUAUGCCUCCAUCAACACCCACCUGGGCAUUGAGCAAAGUCGUCGAGAUGACCUGGAGAGCCUGGGCUAUGUGCUCAUGUACUUCAACCUGGGCUCCCUGCCCUGGCAGGGCCUCAAAGCAGCUACCAAGCGUCAGAAGUAUGAACGGAUCAGUGAGAAGAAGAUGUCAACGCCCAUUGAGGUCCUCUGCAAAGGCUACCCCUCUGAGUUCUCAACAUACCUCAACUUCUGCCGCUCCCUGCGGUUCGAUGACAAGCCUGACUACUCCUACCUGCGCCAGCUCUUCCGCAAUCUCUUUCACCGGCAGGGUUUCUCCUAUGACUACGUGUUCGACUGGAACAUGCUCAAAUUCGGGGCUUCCUCGAGCCAGGCUCAGCCCCGAGACAACGAAGCUCUGGCAUCACCCUGCCCCCGCCCUUGGCCUUGCGCUGGGCCCACGUACUCACCCACUUACUGGUGCCCGGCGCCCCUGGGCACCCAAGGACCCCCAGAUAGGCCGGUGGAGGAGGUGGAGCAACUGCCCCCCCAAAGAUACUGGCCCAUGGUCUGGACUCCAGGCCCCCAGUUCUGACACCGCCAGGGUGUCUCAGCCCAUCUCGGCCAAGCUUGAGGAAGCAUCCUACUGGAUGGCGGGGGUGACACCCUGUUCCAAAGAGGUUCAGUGGAAAGGGAGUGACAAAAAGUCCCUGCAUGGGAUUUUCAAGAAUGAACCAGCUGCGUGAGGGCUAAGACAAGCCUGAAGAAGGGACAGGGACGCUGCCUAGGAGGGGCUUGGUGGCAUGUCUCAGGCCCUAGUUCCGUCUAGACCCCGUCAUUGGCCUCUGUACUGAUUCUGAGUUCAUUAAACACUUCCCUUCCCUCUGUCCUUGUGUGCCUCUCUUUUCACAGAGUGGCCCUUGGCCCACUCCAUCCAGUGUUAAGAACGAACAUAGGCCUUGUCCUCCUGACACCAAGAUGAGCACACUGAUUCGGAGCUUCUCUUCUUUCUGGGCCCCAGUCAGAGCCCCGGGGACUUUGGGGCACAAAGUCUUAUCUCUGGGCCUGGAGUUAAAGGUGGGCAACGAGGCUCCUUCCAGCUCAGGGCAUGUUAGUCAAGGGCCUGGGCCUGCUGCUAGCUCUUCUAAUCACAGGAUGGUCAAGGCCUUUGUCACCAGACAUAUGCUACAGAAAAUUGGACAAGUCUGGUUUGGAGAUGGGCUUUGGCCCUUUGUCUCAGCGAAGCUCAGAGGAUGGAUUUUGAGUUCUCUAGUUGUAGGCAGCCCACUGUAGUAGCCUCUGGUGGGGUAGUGCUGACUUUCCACUUAUUCAGACUGUUGGAAAUGGACGCUGGCCCCUCAAGUCAUCCACCAGAUUUCAUUCAGAAGCCACAAGUGGCUGCCACAUCCAGAGUGGCAAAUGUGAACAUUUGUCAUCCUGGGAGGCUCUAUGGACAGCUGCCGUAGAUGUUUACCUCACAGUGCUCCUUGUGUGACUGGCCAACUGACAGAAUUUCAAACUGGCCCAGAUGCACACUUCCUGCCCCAUUGCUGGGACCAUGAUCCCCUCCCCGCAGUCUUCUUGGAAGUAGAUUCUAGAGUUCAAAGCUGGGCAGCCUUUGCCUCCGCCGUGUGUGACCCAUCACCACACUACCAGCUUUAUUGCCAAGGACAUCUGCAGGACACACAGUGGUAACUUUCACAAGUCAUCACCCAAAGACCAGGCCUUCCUGCAGAGCAAUAAGCAAGCCAUCACCAGUACCCUGCAGACAGGGCUCCGUGAGCAACAGACUGGAAAGAUCCACUUGACCUUGGAAUGACCUCCCAUGUUCCACCCCAGGGGACUGGAAUCCCCAGAUGCUUGAAUCCAGGGAUGCCUCUCUGAGAAAACAGCCACUGUUCUAGCCAGGAGGAGACUCCACCCAGCCAAGGUCAGAGGUCGGUACGGCGGAGCCAGAGGCUUAUACGGCAUUGACACUGACAUUUGUGGUGUUUUCUUGUGGGCAAAUAAAGGCCAUGAGAACUCUCUGCUGUGCAUUUUUUGAUGCGUCCAUCACACUGGGUAGAUGCCUGUGGGGCCAAGUCUGGCCUGAGCCUGCUGGAGGUGCUGAGACCCCAGCCAUCCACCUGGUAGAGCUGUGCACCCCUAACUGAAGGGCUUAGUCUCAUGGAGCUUCAGUUUCUCUAAGAGACUGAAGUGUUGCUGCGGCAGGAGGGA